UAAUGCUGUAAUAUACAAAUAAAUAUAUGCAUUCACACGUAGGCAUGAACUUUCCACAAUUCCCUCAAGCUGUUUUCCUUCUGCAAAUUUUCUUCCUCAGCCAUUUCUCUCUGUAGAUUUGUGUGUUUCUCAUUCUGUAUCUAGAUUUUGAUUGAUUCCUCUUCAUCUUAAUUGGUUUCGCGAUGGCUACUUAUACCCCGAAGAACAUCCUCAUAACUGGGGCUGCUGGGUUUAUUGCAUCGCAUGUUGCCAAUCGGCUUGUCCGCAACUACCCAGACUACAAGAUUGUUGUACUUGACAAGCUUGAUUACUGCUCAAAUUUGAAAAACCUCAUUCCCUCUCAGUCAUCGCCGAACUUUAAGUUUGUGAAAGGGGAUAUUGGUAGUGCUGACCUUGUUAACUACCUCCUCAUUACUGAGUCUAUUGACACAAUAAUGCACUUUGCAGCCCAAACUCAUGUCGAUAACUCGUUUGGGAACAGUUUUGAGUUUACCAAGAACAAUAUCUACGGCACUCAUGUCCUGCUUGAAGCUUGCAAAGUCACUGGCCAGAUCAGGAGGUUCAUCCAUGUAAGCACGGAUGAGGUUUACGGGGAGACAGAUGAGGAUGCUGUUGUAGGAAACCACGAGGCUUCCCAACUUCUCCCAACAAACCCGUACUCUGCAACAAAAGCUGGUGCUGAAAUGCUUGUAAUGGCAUAUGGUAGAUCAUAUGGAUUACCUGUGAUUACAACCCGUGGAAACAAUGUUUAUGGCCCCAACCAGUUCCCAGAAAAGUUGAUUCCUAAGUUUAUCCUCUUAGCAAUGAGGGGGAAGGUUCUUCCAAUUCAUGGGGAUGGUACUAACGUGAGGAGUUAUUUAUACUGCGAGGAUGUGGCCGAGGCAUUUGAGGUCAUUCUUCACAAGGGUGAAGUUGGUCAUGUUUAUAAUGUUGGAACAAAGAAGGAGAGGAGAGUGAUUGAUGUAGCCAAAGACAUAUGCAAACUUUUUUCAAUGGACCCGGAGACAAGCAUCAAGUUUGUUGAAAACAGACCAUUCAACGACCAGAGGUAUUUUCUUGAUGAUCAGAAAUUGAAGAACUUGGGAUGGUCUGAGCAAACUGUGUGGGAAGAUGGGUUGAAGAAGACUAUAGAAUGGUACACCCAAAAUCCUGAUUGGUGGGGCGAUGUGUCUGGCGCACUGCUUCCACACCCGAGAAUGCUGAUGAUGCCUGGUGGGAGACAAUUUGAUUCAGAAGAGGGAAAAGAUACAUCGUAUAUAAGUUCUCCUAAUCAGACCCAAAUGGUAGUUCCAACCUCCAAAAGUAGUGUCUCUUCUCAAAAACCAGCCUUGAAGUUCUUGAUUUAUGGCAGGACUGGCUGGAUCGGAGGUCUACUAGGUCAGUUAUGUGAUAAGCAAGGUAUUCCCUUUGAAUAUGGAAAAGGAAGGUUGGAAGAUCGUUCGUCACUUACAGCAGAUAUUCGGAAUAUAAAACCGACCCAUGUUUUUAAUGCUGCUGGUUUGACCGGUAGACCCAAUGUUGAUUGGUGUGAAUCCCACAAAACAGAAACAAUUCGCACCAAUGUGGCCGGAACCUUGACCUUGGCUGAUGUUUGCCGAGAGCAUGGGCUUUUGAUGUUGAACUUUGCUACUGGGUGUAUAUUCGAGUAUGAUGCAGGACAUCCUCAGGGCUCUGGCAUUGGAUUUAAAGAGGAAGACAUACCCAAUUUCACUGGUUCCUUCUAUUCAAAAACCAAGGCUAUGGUUGAAGAGUUGCUGAAAGAAUACAACAAUGUCUGCACCCUCAGAGUUCGAAUGCCAAUCUCAUCCGACCUAAACAACCCUCGCAACUUCAUCACCAAGAUUUCAAGAUACAGCAAGGUGGUCAACAUUCCCAACAGCAUGACAAUCUUGGACGAACUUCUACCGAUUUCUAUCGAGAUGGCAAAGAGGAACUUGACAGGCAUAUGGAACUUCACGAACCCUGGCGUUGUGAGCCACAAUGAGAUCCUGGAGAUGUACAAGAAGUACAUUGACCCGAAGUUCCAGUGGGCGAACUUCACAUUGGAAGAGCAAGCCAAGGUGAUUGUUGCCCCUCGAAGCAAUAACGAGAUGGACGCAUCCAAGUUGAAAAAAGAGUUCCCUGAGUUGCUACCGAUCAAGGAAUCACUGAUUAAGUACGUAUUCGAACCCAACAAAAGAACCUGACCCUUUUAAACAGGCUUUUCAGCUGUAGUAGUACCCCAUGAUUAACCUCUGCAUAUCUGUUUAGUUUCAUUCAUUUGUUACUGUUAUUGGCCCACUCAUUAAUUUUACUCGAAAACUAUAGGUUUUCUUUUUCCAUCUUUCAUCAUUACUAGCUGCAGCAGAGUUGUAUCUUAGUUUGCUUAGCAGUCGUUCAAUGGAGAAACUCUCAUGAGCUACUUCAUAAUUUGUGUCGUCUGCAGGCUGUCUGGUGUAUUAUUUUUACAUUACAAUUAGUUAAAUAUAUGGUUUUCAAUAA